UGGUCAGAGCAGACAAACAUAUACUCACACACAGACAGAGUUUGUUGUGGCAGGCAGAUAGUCUUAAAGAGCCAGUGGGUCUGCUGUGGAUUUAAUGGAGCUGUUCUUUGUCUGCCUUGGUGCUGCAGUCGUAGUCUUUUAUGGAGUGAAAAUGGUCCGAUUCGCCAAGAUGUUUUAUCCCAGAAUUUGGUUUCCGCAGCCAGAGUCCUUCUUUAAAUCAAUGGGAGAGUGGGCAGUAGUCACUGGUGGGUCAGACGGGAUAGGGAGGGCUUACGCCUUUGAACUGGCAGGACAUGGGCUGAACGUGGUGAUCCUGAGCAGAACCAAGGACAAACUGGACCGGGUGGCACUGGAGAUAGGAGAAACCACGGGUCAGAAAGUGAAAGUGAUCGUAGCCGAUUUCACUGAGGAUGACAUGUAUGAACACAUUGAGGAGAAGCUGAAAGGCUUAAAUAUCAGUGUAUUAGUGAACAACGUGGGGAUUCUACCUAGUCAUAUUCCCUGCAAGUUCCUGCAGACUAAGGACCUGGAACAGGGAAUUACUGAAGUGAUCAACUGCAACGUGAAAGCCUUGGUCAAGAUGUGCCAAAUAGUCCUGCCAGGGAUGGAGAAGAGAGGGAAGGGAGUAAUCGUGAACAUCUCCUCUGGUGUUGCCAGUGUUCCCUCCCCCAUGUACACCAUGUACUGUGCAUCAAAGGUGUUUGUGGAGAGGUUCUCUCAAGGUCUGCAGGCUGAAUAUAAAGUAAAAGGAAUCAUGAUACAGGCAGUGGCUCCAUUUGGGGUGUCCACCCACAUGACGGGCUACCAGAAGCCCAACAUGGUGACCCUGACAGCGGAGGACUUUGUCAGGACAUCCCUGGUGUACCUCCAAGCCGGGGACAAGACCUACGGCAGCAUCUGUCACACAGUACUGGGUUGGAUGGUACAGGCUGUUCCUCAGCAGAUCCUCCACAGUGAGACCAUGCAGGACAGUCUACUGGAGUAUGUGAAGAAAAGAGUGGGGACAUAGGUCAUAGGAGAUCACCUGCAACACAUGCACUAUUUUAUCAUCAUGUACUGCACAUUUAUGUUUUUCUAAAACAAGAGGAAUGUAAAGGCAUUUUUAACUAAAAUACUUCUAGUAAGUUGAACUCAAGUCACACCAACUCUACUUUUUUCCCAGCAUGCUCUACUGCAGGUAGAUUUUUGGGAAUCUGUGUUUUUUUCAUGUACAUUGAGUGAUUGAUUGAUAAAUCUUAUACUACACAAAGAUAAAUAACAUACAUUUUUCUAAACUAAUCUAAUAAUUUAGUUUGAAUUCUGCACCCGUUCCUGAAAUGGUUGUUCCAGUUUAAAUGGCUUAGGCAGUCUCCUCCCACUGUUCCUAACUCUGGUAGUCAUUAUCAGGUUGCGUGUGAAUACAAAUUUGAACUGUUGGAUAGCCUAACUGGCUGGAUUCCAAUAGCAAUUACACAUCACUUUGCAAGCCAGCAUAAUGUGACUUGCAGGUACAGGGCAAAAUUCAGGUAAAUUUCCCAGGUGUUCCAGAAAAUCCCCUUCAACCAGGAUUUUUUUACAAAUCUGGGAAUUUUGGGAAAGUUACUGGAAUUCUGCAACCCUACUUGAAGGACUGAUGUGGCCUGUAAACCAUGAAUUUUAGGCCACUGUAUAAGGGUAAAGCUAGGCCUCAAAAUAAGGCCUUAUGAGAUAUGUAAUGUAUUGUCAUAAAGAGUUUAAUUAUUAUCAUAACAUUUGCCUAGGAACUCAGUUGUUGAAAGCCACAGGACUGAAAGUGAACGGAUUCAACAACCAUGUCUCUGUCACUAACAUACACAGUCAUGAGUGGUAACUGUACAAUUCACUCGAAAAGGCAAGGCACACUGGGAAAUUAUAUUAUUGGUAUUGGUAUUAUUAACAUAUAUUAUUAUAUUGGAGGUGUGACUCAACAUUUUCAAGCUGAUACAACUCAAAUCUGGACCACCUACAGGGUCACAGUGACUAUCGGUUUGAGUAAUGACUACAAAAUCAAUGUAUGUAACAGUACUCAGAUAUAUUUAGUGUAACAGGUUUCCUCAAAAGUUUUGAGGAAUGACAGCACAUUGGGGGUUACAGUGAGGGAAGAGGGGAGAGAGGGCCGGCGGCACUGUUGUCUUAUUGGGCCAAUCAACUACGUAAACGUGUCUCGUUUCAACUGCUCUCUGAGCUCUAGGCUAAAGCCAACACAGAGGAAGGCAGAACGCUUCUGAACUUUUGCUUUUUGAGUGUAGUUAACUAACUAUUUUGUAUUUACUAAUUAUAUUUGAGUUGAGGCUAAUUGAUCAAAUUGAGGUAAUCAGUUUCCCCCAAAAAAAUAUUCUGUAAACUUACAGUUACAUUUGAGUAAUGGUAAAUUAUAUUUUCUAAGCAAGGUGAGCUUUGCUAAACUCAAACAUUUCAAGUAUUGCAACUUUGACUUUGGGCCUCCCGAGUGGCGCAGCGGUCUAAGGCAGACCCGGGUUCGAUCCCAGGCUGUGUUGCAGCCCUCAU